CGCGAAGGCUGAAGGGAGUGUCGUGGUGGCGCUCUGAGUCUCGGCGGCGGGAGGUGUCAGGAACAGGGGGAGCAAGCAUGCCUCGGUAUGCGCAGCUGGUCAUGGGCCCCGCAGGCAGCGGGAAGAGCACCUAUUGUGCCACCAUCGUCCAGCACUGUGAAGCCCUCAAUCGGUCUGUCCAAGUUGUGAACCUAGAUCCUGCCGCAGAACAUUUCAACUACUCCGUGAUGGCUGACAUCCGGGAACUGAUUGAGGUGGAUGACGUGAUGGAGGACAAUACUCUGCAGUUCGGUCCCAAUGGAGGAUUGGUAUUUUGCAUGGAAUACUUUGCCAAUAAUUUCGAUUGGCUAGAGGACUGUCUCGGCCAUGUAGAGGAUGACUACAUCCUUUUUGACUGUCCAGGUCAGAUUGAAUUGUACACUCACCUGCCUGUGAUGAAACAGCUGGUCCAGCAACUAGAACAGUGGGAGUUUCGAGUCUGUGGAGUUUUUCUUGUUGAUUCUCAGUUCAUGGUGGAGUCGUUCAAGUUUAUUUCUGGCAUCUUAUCAGCCCUGAGUGCUAUGAUCUCUCUAGAAAUUCCUCAAGUUAACAUCAUGACGAAAAUGGAUCUGCUGAGUAAGAAAGCUAAAAAGGAAAUUGAGAAGUUUCUAGAUCCAGACAUGUAUUCUUUAUUAGAUGACCCUACAAGCGACUUAAGAAGCAAAAAAUUCAAAAAAUUGACUAACGCUAUAUGUGGACUGAUUGACGACUACAGCAUGGUUCGAUUUUUGCCUUACGAUCAGUCAGAUGAAGAAAGCAUGAACAUCGUAUUACAGCAUAUUGAUUUUGCCAUUCAGUAUGGAGAAGACUUGGAAUUUAAAGAACCGAAGGAACAUGAAGAUGAGUCCUCUUCUGUGUUUGACGAAUAUUUUCAAGAACACCAGAAUGAAUGAAGAGUUUGUUAAAAAGUAACUGAAUGUGUGAGGAGCUCGUGGCUGAACUGGCAGAACCUUCUUCUCUUCGAAAGAUGGAAUACUAGAAAGCUACUUAUUUUAAUGAAAAAAAAUAAUACUUGACUCUUUAUCAGCAGUCAGGAACAUGCCUGAAUCAAGUUCUCAGUUAUUCUGAAACUGCUGCUGUUUAAAGUGGCAUCUUUUAGUAGUAUUGGAACAGCAUAAUUUAGAUUUUAAAAGUCGAAAUUGAAAUGAAUGUAGAUAGAUUUGUGUAUAUAAUAUAAAUUAGCACCUGUGAUAUAGUUAAGACCAGUCUACUUUUAGUUUUACUGUUUGAUUUUUGUUAUUUUUGAAGUUUUUUUGGAGGGACAGGAAUUAUUGUAACAAAAUAUACAUAUAUGUGUCCAAAGAAAAAAAAAUCUGGAAGGAUAUAGAUAAGACCAUUGCUUACCUGUAUCUCCCAGUUUUCCUACAUUGAAAAUGUAUUAUUUGUGUAAUUUAAAAAUGAAAAUUAACUGUUUUAGGAUAUAUAUGUAUAUAAAUAAAAGA